CCCCACCUGCCUUAGUUUCCCCAGCAGUGGCUGUUUGCACCUGGUGGUGUUGCCUGCCUGGCUCACCCCCCGCCUUGCUUGUCACUUUCAGCCCCCUGAGCUGCCCUGACCCCAGCCGGGAUGAGCAAAGUCCUGUUUCUGGCCUUGUCCCUGCUGCUCUGCUGCACCCUGGCUCACGGCCUUGUCUGCAGGGUCUGCAAGUUCCAGGUGGGCAGGCUCUGCUUCCACUCCCGCAGCCCCUGCACGGCGCAGGGGCAGCAAGUCUGCGAGACCACCAAGGCCUACAUUGGCAAGGUCCCGCUGUUCUCCAAGUAUGGCUGCAGCCGGACCCGCGAGACCUGCAACAUGACGGAGCAGAAGGACACUGUCUUCGAGGUCAGCUACAAUCGGACCUGCUGCGAGACAGACCUGUGCAACGCUGCUGGCCCCACCCGGGCCGCUGGGCUCCCCCUGCUCUCUGGGCUGGGAGCCCUGCUGGGGUGGUGGUUGCUGAAAUAGCCCCCGGCUCUCCUCUUCCCAGCCCUAACCUCCACCCCGUCUCUGCUACACGCUUUUCCCUCCCAAGUCCGCCUCGCCACAGGCUUCGGUAGCAGGCUCCACUCCACCCCCUCAAGUCGCCUUUUCCUCUGGUCUUCUCUAUCCCACAAGUAGCUGCCUCUCCUUUAUCAUAUCCUCUGUAGGCCCCCCACAGCCUAGAAAGGGGACCAGGGAAACCCAGCUACUACAGACAGGAUGUUGGAGGGAUACCUCAGCACCCCCUGAAUCUGCCACCUGCCUUCUGAAGGGUUUUGAGACCCCCCCC